GCUGUUCACUCAUUCAACAAUGGAGCCAUACGCUGACGCCAGUUGUAUUCUGAGAGUGGAUAUUAAUUGUGAUGCGUGCAAAUUCAAAAUGAUUGAAGUUAUAAGUUCGGUCGCGGGUGUGUAUUCAAUUAGCAUUGAUGCAGAGGAAAAUUUGGUAAAAAUUUGUGGGGAGGUGGACCCUAAUCGUCUCUUGAGUGCAUUAGCAAGAGAAGGUAAACAUGCAAAAAUAGUAAUGGCUAACCUAAAACACCCUCAACUAAGACUACAUCCAAGAUAUGGCUAUAUCCAAGGUCACGAUGACCUUGGCAAUGGAGGCGGCCAUGGCUAUCACCCUCACCAAGCCUUCCCUAUAAGAGGGGCACUCCCUCACCAUUCAUACUAUCCAUACCAUUAUCCAUCGUGCUAUAUAAGGUUUGGAAAUUAG